AUGAGUUCGGAUAUCAGUACUACGAUGAGAGCAAGGAGAGUUGUGUUUGAUGAUUUUAAUAAAGCUUUUUCUGUUGAAAGUCGAGUAGAAGCUCUACAGAGACAGGUUGAAACAAGGUCUAAAUUAACCAAUGUUCUUAACCGAUCUCAGGAAUGUAAACUGGAUUAUUCAAAAGGGAAGGUGGAAGCUGCUAGAGGUAUUUUUACGCGUAAAUCAGACAGUGAAAUGGAUUUACACCGACAUUCCUUAAAAGAUUACGUCGCACAUCGUGAACUUUUGGACAAAUUUGCCCGAAUGAAUAGGAGGAAAGGCUUGAGCAGUGCUUUAGGAAAAUAUGGUAUUGGUACCGCCAAGGUUGAAAUUCAGCCCAUGAUUAAUAAACGUGUUAAAGAUGCCACACCAUCUGCUAUUCGAAGACGAGAAGCAAAAAAACUUGUGCGACGACGCAAAAAGGUACAUGUAUGGGACCGGACUCUAGACACGCCCGAUCUUUUAAACGCAGGAAAAGACAAUGUUAAGAACUCGAGACAGAACACUCAGAUAAGGGGUAACCGACAUUCAGUAACCCUUCCCUCUGUUAAAAAGUUGUCAUCGUCCACAGCUGACAGUCCACCUAAUAAAGGCACGUUACCGUCGAUCAAUCCUCAAGUUGACCCUAUAGCAUCAGAUCUCACCUUACCCUCAGUGUUUCUCACCCAAUCUCCAUCUAAACCGGAUUAUUCUACAGAUUACUAUAAGUAA